CCUCAGCAAAACAACUUUCACAAUAAAAAAUCAAUAAAAUCGAUUUAUUCCCAUGUUUUCUCAAGUUUGAUGGCGUUCGAUGAGGUGAAAAACUGGCGUUACGUCCAUCCGCUGUGCGCAGUUCUUGCGAAUUAUUUUGUAUUUCUGAUACAACUCGUGUUGUUCGCCCAUGCAAACGAUUCAUUUAAAGAUGGUCAUGUGUGGGCGUACGUUUCGAUGAGUCUAACACUGAUUUCUGCAAUUUCAAUCGGAGUUCUUUUCCUGCUUGCCGCCAAACCAUCAAUGUUCUCGUCCAAGUUGGGACUCAUUUUGUGCGCCGUCGCGGCAGCUUCCACGGUCACCGCCGGAUGCCUUCUCUUCCCGAUCACUGCGACGGCUCCUAAAGGCAGGGCAGGCAGUGCUCCCGCUCCCCCACCCGGCUCCAGCACUGAAGAUAAAGUUAAACGAGCAGCAGCAGCAGCAUCUCCAACGGCUGCAAGCCUCGACUUUGAUAAGAAAAUCCCGCCGAGCACAUUCAUGUUGCUCAUCAAUACAGCUAUAACGUCUCUGGUUCUAUUCGUGCUUAUGCUCAUGCUCUUCCUCAAAAUGCGUGCCGACGCACCAUUCGCCGAGCCGAGAAAACAUCCAGCGAGAGAUGAGAGACGUCCGAGAAGUCGCCGCCAAUCUCCUAGUUCUAUGCAUGGACCACCUCCACCGUAUGGUCCACCUAGUGAUGAUGACAGGAGACGCGAUGAAGAGGAUAGAAGAAGAACGGAAGACGUGGAUAGAUCCAAAGAUCGCAGCUUGAAACGUAGAGAGGAGAGAAGCAGAAGCCGUCAGGAUCGGGAGCGUGACAGAUCUCGUGGCGGUGAGAAGAGCAGAAGCCCGCGCAAGAGCCAUCAGAAGAGUGUGGAUCGAGACAAAACUCGCUCCGACAAGGAUCGUUCGAGAAGCCGCAAGGAUCGUGAGGAUCGUGAUCGUGAACGAAGCCGUAAGGAUCGUGAGGAUCGUGAUCGAGAGAGAAGUAGAAAAGAGCGAGAGGACAGAAGUCGCAAGGAUCGUGAAGAUCGUGAACGUGAGCGUAGUCGCAAGGAGCGGGAGGACAGAAGCCGCAAAGAUCGUGAGAGAAGCCGACAGGACCGUGAGGAUCGUGACCGUGACCGUGAUCGUGACCGUAGCCGCAAGGAUCGUGAUGAUAAAUCGUGUAGCCGUCGAAGCCGUGAUGAUCGUAGCGAAGAACGUAAGGAUCGUAAGAGUCGUGACGAUCGGGAGCGCCCAAGAAGCAGACAAGACAAAUCGAAAACUCGCAGCGUCGAGGAUCGUCCGAGAAGCAGAAGCAACAAACGUUGAGAACUUUUUCGCCGCUUAUCGGCAUUUUAUUUUUACUCUCUGCAAAAAAGAACUCGGUCAUUUUCUCACUUACUCUGCAUAAACUUCAUUAUCAUC